AUGCCUUGCGAUAUUGGCAUUGCGGAAGUUCCUGACAGUGUCAAGACCUCAGAGUACAGGAAGACGGUUGUGGCGAGUAUCUGGAACACCGGUCUCUUCCCCGCGCUAACGGACCUGAUGGAACAUACAAGGUCGACCUUGCGCCCAUCGAACACGACGUACGACUCCACCGGCAAGGAAGAAGAUUUCACCGAUGCUGAGGUGAUCGAAGAACUCCUGGGCCGAGGACGGGUUACCAAGGGUGAUGUCUCUGGAGUCAGGAUGCUCGUUGCAAUUCAGAAUGGCGAUCUCACCGCAGACCCACGGGGAGUCGUGCUGUUUGACGACGUUGCUCCGGGCGGGAACAUCCACAGGGCCGUCAGCAUGCUCCACGUCGAAAAUACAGAUCGGGAUCUGUUCCGAAGGCUGCUGAGGAGGGUCUCAGGACUCGAGAGUGGAGACGAGGAGAAGACCAACGUUGUGCCCAAGCCUGCGACGGUUCUGGUCACGUUCGGGUCUCUGGCAGACGCCUCCUACUCCCAGUGUCUGACUCAGGCAGGCUUCACCGUUCUCUCGUCUUCGGGCGCAGAUUCCGACGGCACGCCUGGUCGGACGAUAUGGAGCCUGGGUGUCGAACAGCCGUUCCAGAGCCUCACAAUCCUUUGCAGUGCACGGGACGCGCACAUGACCGUGCGGUGCCUCUCCAGGGCGUGGAGCCUUAGAUUCGUCAGGACUCGUCUUGGUCUCAGCACAGGGGACGACUCUGGAACCCAGUCAACCGCCUCCAACGCCAUCAUCAUCGAAGAGAUCACUCACGGUUCCAGCUUCAUCUCGAAGCUGAAGCAGAUCGACGAGAUCUUCGCGGCGAACAAAUGUUUCACGGGAAGCUUCAAUUCUUUCUGGGAUGUCCAGAUCGAUUUCAACCCCAGCAUGGCGGCUGUGCUCGCAACUGAGGAUCCCAAGAAAAAUCCUAUCCGUGUGCUGUUUGCCAGCACACCAUCGACAGUCCACGCGGAAGAGAUUGAACCGGAGGGCACUGUGGCUUUCUACGACAUGGAGACGGCGAACGGCAGCGGGAGGACGGUGUUAUUCCUUCAUGCGCGGAACAGCAAUGCCGAAGAUUGGCUCGUGAGAGCGAUGAUUGGGCAAGCGGACGACGCCUACAAGGUCAAGCCGUACCCCUCAUCGGUGGAUUUCAGGUACGACUGGAGCGCGAACGAGGAGGACGGCGAUUCCCCGAGUGAGGAGGAGGACGAAGAAGGCUCGGACAUGGACGUUGAUCUCGAUCCCAAGUCCUCUGGAUCGGGUGAUGCUAAGGGUGAUGAUGAGUGA